UUCGUUCCGGUUUCCAGAAAGCAUAAAUACCCUAAGCAUCCAAACGCUGCUCUGUGUUUAGGAAAAACACAUUUCUUCUUAAAAGUUUCAGUUUUUCAGUUGCAAAUGAGCUCUGCAGCCUUCAGUUCGAUUUCUCUUGAUACAGGAUGCUUUCGGAAGGACGAAACGACAUUUAGAAAGCGAGAUGGAAGGAGGCUUUGUAUCAGAGGUUCUGUGGCUUCAUCCCCGCAAAGUUUGCAGUUUGCAAAGACAAAAACCCAGAAGUCUGAGGAGAUGGUUCGCAUUGGCGUUCUUGGAGCCAGUGGGUAUACCGGCUCUGAGAUUGUUAGACUCCUAACGAAUCAUCCAAACUUUGGUAUCACACUGAUGACUGCUGAUAGAAAAGCGGGUCAAUCAAUAGGAUCAGUAUUUCCUCAUUUAGUCACGCAAAAUUUGCCAGAUAUGGUUGCUAUCAAGGAUGCAGACUUUUCUAAUGUAGAUGCGGUGUUUUGCUGUUUGCCACAUGGAACAACACAGGAUAUAAUCAAAGCCCUUCCCAAGCAGCUGAAGAUUGUUGAUCUUUCUGCAGACUUCCGUCUUCGGAAUAUCAAUGAGUAUGAAGAAUGGUACGGUCAGCCUCACAGAGCAACUGAGUUACAGGAAGAAGCUAUUUAUGGUCUGACAGAGGUUUUAAGGGAAGAGAUUCGGAAUGCACGGCUUGUGGCUAAUCCUGGUUGUUAUCCAACAUCCAUACAACUUCCUCUUGUUCCCUUGAUAAAGGAAAAUCUUAUAAAGCUGACGGGCAUAAUUGUUGAUGCAAAAUCUGGUGUAAGUGGAGCAGGGCGUGGAGCAAAAGAAUCCAAUUUAUACACUGAAAUAGCUGAAGGCAUUCACUCAUAUGGAAUUACAAGACAUCGUCAUGUUCCAGAAAUUGAGCAGGGGCUCUCUGAUGCUUCCCGUUCCAAAGUAACAGUGAGCUUCACUCCUCAUCUAAUGCCAAUGAGCCGCGGUAUGCAAUCAACCAUAUAUGUUGAAAUGGUCCCUGGUGUGUCAGUUGAUGAACUUUACCAACAACUGAAGAUCUGUUAUGAGGAUGAAGAGUUUGUUAUUUUGUUGGAUAAAGGCGCCAUUCCUCACACUCGAAAUGUUCGUGGAUCUAACUACUGCUUCAUGAAUGUCUUUCCAGAUCGAAUUCCUGGAAGAGCAAUAAUAAUAUCUGUUAUUGAUAAUCUAGUGAAGGGAGCUUCGGGUCAAGCUAUACAGAACCUUAACUUAAUGAUGAGGUUGCCUGAGAAUACUGGGCUCCUUUACCAGCCUUUGUUUCCUUAGCAUAUGCAUCAAUGUUUUAAACCAGGUCAAUAAAUUGCCAGAUUUGCUGCUGAGAAAGAUAAACCAUAGCAUGGCUUUACAAUGUGUUCUGUUCUGUUACUAUUUAUGCUGGAGCUCGUAGGUGAGCUGAGCAAGGUUAUCUAAAUCAAGGACCCAAAUAAGAGUAAAUAAGAUGCAUUUAUUAGCUCCAUCUUUGUGUCAUGUAUGUUGUAGCACUGGCCGCAGACCUAACAGUUGAAGGUUCUACAAGUCAUAUUAGCCCCCAAAUGCCCCAUAAUUUAAGAAAGUGUGUCCAUCAAUUAAAUUUUCAGCCCUUAAAUCCACUGAUCCUAUUGGAUGGCUCCAAUGGUUUACCAUGGAAGUAUCUAAUUGGAUGUUAGUAUAUGGGAUCA